CCAUCCAUAUCAAGAUCCCAUUUGCAACCAUAUCCGUCCAAAGCUCCAAAAAAUCAAGACAAACAUCUCUCUCUCUCUCUCUUCCUGUCCCGCCGAUUCCGUCGCGGCCGAAGAGCUCCGGCAGAAUGGAGAGCCUGUGGCGAGCGGCGACGGGCCAAGAUCCGAGUCCGGACGAUUACAAGGGCAUCGAGUUCUGGACGACUCCCGAGCGCGCCGGCUGGCUCAACAAGCAGGGCGAAUACCUUAAGAACUGGCGUCGCCGUUGGUUCGUUCUUAAACAAGGUAAACUCUUCUGGUUCAAGGAUUCCGAUGUUAAUCGCGCCUCCGUACCGCGCGGCGUCAUCCCUGUCAAUACCUGCCUCACCGUCAAGGGCGCCGAGGAUAUCCUCCAUAAGCCCUGCGCCUUUGAGCUCUCUACCACCGGUCAAGACACCAUGUACUUCAUCGCCGAGUCCGAGCGCGAGAAGGAGGAGUGGAUCAAUUCGAUCGGCCGCUCCAUAGUUCAGAAUUCCCGAUCGGUUACCGAAUCUGAAGUCGUCGAUUACGACAACAGGCGAUGAUUCUGAUGCUGAAAGAACGACUCUUCUUCGUCUUUCACUCUCUCUGUGUACAAAACCGAGGCGAGAUUUGGUCACAGGUGGUUGCUACUGCGAGAUGCCUAGCCUACCUUUCGUGUCGAUGUGGUACUAUCGAUCUCUGUUUCCUUCUUUCUGGUUGUUAAAAUUAAGGCGGUUGUGUGAAUCGAACUGAAUCUCAUCUUCUACAUUUUCCUUCUUGGUUCCGAAUCUUCUAUCAGGCAUACGAUUCGUAAAUUGCCCUACCUGAGAGUUGAAAUUUCGGUCUACUAUACUGAUUAAUGGCGUUUGUUCUUAGAUCACUCUAUUUUCCUCGUGAUUUCAAUUCACCAAGUUGUUUUUUGA